GGCAAUCGAGGACGUUGAGCAGGAGAGUUUGUGCCGACCUUGAGGUCCUUUUGUAGUGGCGCGGUCAAGGUGUCUGGAGCUGCACUGUGCCGUGAACGGGAGUAGAGGUGUGCAUCGGUGCCAAAUCUUUGUGGAAUGCGCUGGCUUUGUGUUGGUGAUUAUUGCAUAAGGAGCAUUUGCUGCCCAAGUUGUGGUGCAAGAAGUCGAAGUGCAGCCUUCAUUGGAGGUAAGCUGCAGUUCCCCAUAGGAGCUGUGUGUUACGACUGUGCCAUCAUAUGUUGUCAGGUAGCUAUUGUGACGUCUGUGUGAGAGAAUGUUUAUAUCUGGUUUACCCUGUAGAGGCGAGGUCACUUGAAGCAACGGUUUUGUCUGUUUGCGAGGGAAGUUUUUGACACAAUGAUGCAUGGAAGGCAGGGACCUUCUGGGCCAUUUUCUGGGUCCAUGGGCGGAGGUCAUGGGGCAAUCAAUGGGAUGCGCGCUAAGGCACCGCCUGGUCCUGUUCCUCCUGUAUGGUGGCGGUGGUCCUCACCACGGUCCUCCACUGGCAGUCAUGGAGCACAAGCUAGCCACUGCACACACGGAGAUGCAGAGGCUGUUGACUGAAAACCAGAGGCUUGCAGUGACCCUCAUGGCUCCACUGCAGGAGCAGGCUCAAGGAGAAGUGCAGCGCUUGAGGCUGAGAGAGGCAAGCAUCUGGAAGCUUAUGGAACGGAAUGCUGCGGUGACGGAAGACCUGCGCACAAUAGAGCCGUUGAAGAAAGAGGGUUAUGCUGCAAGAGUGGGGCUGCACAGUCUUUGAGGGAAACGUGAGGAGGCUGAACAGGCAUGACAUCCGACUUCAGUAGGGCCCGUCAAGAGCUGACCAGCAACUGCA